GUCAGUUACGCUCGAGCUUCCCUCCGGUCGGGACGUGUGUGAGUGUGUGCGCGACGUCUUCCCUCGCGUACUCCGCCGCGCGUUUCCCUUUCGCUCUCGUUGUCCACCGCGCGAGGGAAAAACGUGCGAGAGCGGGGCCCGCGUUAGGUGGACACGAGUGGUGCGGCGACAGUGUUCCGUGGCGCGCGAUCCGCGUCGCCCGGUCGUCCGCGGUCUUCGCCUGCUACGCCCGACCGAGCCGAGGGACCGAUAACCUAAUUCGCCGACGGUUACGUGGACGGUUGCUCAAUUCGCCCGUAGGACACGUCGGAAACAAUGGAGAAGAACAUAGGUUUUGGCGCGGCCAGCGCCCAACCUUCGGCCCCUCUACCAACGGCUCCUCCAUCUUACGAGGAAGCCAUAGCUACCGCAGGAGGAGCACCUACGCACCCUCCUUCUGUUGUUCCCACGCCGUAUCCCCUGGGAAACGCGCCAGUACAAAUGCCCAUGCCAUACAAUCAGCCACCAAAUCGAACGACGAUGCAUACGCCGCCAGUUUAUCCGGGCUCGAGUCAUACAACAUCUCAGCCACAUUUUAAUGCAGAGAAUUCUGGACCGCAGACGGAAGUACGGGUCAUGCAGCACCGUAUAGUGUACGCCUUAGGGCCAAAUGCAGUGAAAAUGUCCUGUCCGACGUGUCGCGCCGAUAUCAAAACUACCACAAUAGCGGAUCAUCAGCCGAGUGCUCACAUUUGCUGCAUCGUACUCUGUUUACUCGGAUGCUGCCUGUGUUCAUGUCUGCCAUAUUGCAUGAACGUUUUUAUGAGUGUUCAUCACUUCUGUCCAAGGUGCAAAAAUUACAUUGGCACGUGGAAAGGUUGAUUUUAAGAUUACGCGCGCGCACACCUAAAAGUUCCAACCUCUGGCGUACCGAGAGAUUCUACAAUUCUAUAAAGAGCUGCUCGAUAUCCUACGCAUAUGUGUUUAUCGCACAUUAAAGACUACAAAAAAGAAGGAUUACUAAGAACGUAAGUUACAUAUUACAUGCUUGAUUCUUCAGACUUGAUAAGAUCAUUGCGUUACAAUUCAAUGAUUUAUCAAAUUCAAGUCCUGGUUGAUCUAACAGUGUUGUGAAUUAUGAAUGUAGACGAUACUGGGUAUAUAAACUCUAGAUCGUAUGACAUUUGGCAGUGACACUGAUAUUACAGACUUUUAUAUAAUAAUGUACUAGAUUGUUACAAUGUGCAAUUGUGAAGCUAGAAGUGAUAUAAAGUGUGAUUAUAAAGAAAGGGUUGCAGGUAUAUUUUGCAAAAACAGAUCACAUUCUUAUUUAUAUAUUAUGUACAAGGAAAUUGGUUUAUCAAUUUUUGCGAAAAAUUUUGAUUUAAUUUUCUGCACAUCCAUUAUCUUUUCACUCAAUUCUUUUUAGUAUAUAGUAUUUAAUGUUUUGAUAGUUUUUAGUAAUUAAAUUUGUGUGGUUUCUUGUUGAAACUCACUUAAAUGAAGCGUAAAAUUUUAUUUUAAAAUAUCAUUAACGAUCUAGUAUAUUGUAUAGAAGUCUCAUUGCAAUUCUUAGAAUUUCAGUAAAAUAAAAACAAUAUGGACGAUUUAAGCGCUGAAAAGUGGGACACGAGAAUUCUUUUGGACACUUUCAUUGCUUUGCGUUAAACAGAAAUUUAAAUCGUACAUGUCUGGAGAAUAUUCUUUAAGUAGUCAUUUUUACAUGCUUAGUAAGUUCAAUUAUAUUAUUUCUUAUGAUAUUUAUGACUACACGCCAAGUAGAGAACAGAAAAUAACGUGAACCAUGAAAGCUGCCUAUCUUGUGUCCAAAGUAAUACCAUCGUGUAUUUUUAUUUUUGUAUUGCUAGAUACAGCUCCGCGAAGAAUAGCAUCUACAAAGAGUAUAAUUUUCUCUCUAUAAAACUUGAUAUACGCGGGCACAAGUAUGUAUAUCGAAACGUGCCUCCGCGAAUUUAGUUGAAUAUAUGUAUAUUAUAUAAGUGUAUUAUAAAAAAAGAACAUAUAUUUUUGCGUACAAUGACAGAGGAUUUGCAAACGUCUAGCGUAUGAUAAGAGUGUACAAGUUAUUUUCAAUUUUAUUGAACAGUUAUUUAUAUUCAUGCAUACAAUAUUAUUGAAAUACAACUGAUAAGCACUAGGGCAGCAGAAGAGAGAUUUUUUUUUAAAGAAAGAGAAGAGAGUAGUUUCGAGUCUUGCGGCAUUAUAAUCCGUAUUGUAUUCCGUACUCUCUUUAUCCCAAGUUAGAUUGAGAAGUAUCGUACUUGGAUAAUCUAAUAUUUCUCGGUGCCGGACCAAACUUUCUCUGGCUUAUGUUAUUUAAGUUUUAGUAGCUAUUCCAUCAAGUUGUAUCAAAAGAUGUACGAGUUCUCAAACUUCCCCAUCUUACGUCUCCUUACGAUACUUGAGAAAUCCUAGUAGUCUUCCAUGCUCUGCUGAAAUAUCGUCUUUCAUCAACCUUUAACUACCUUCAGCCUUUCAAAGGGUUAUUAUAUAAUUCCAUUUUCAUAUUGACAGAUUUCUUCACACUUCCUUGAGAACUUUUUUUAUGUUCUUCACUCCCAUCUACUCUCGCAUUAACAAGAUGCAUCUCGCGUUUGAGAUAGCUGAAAUCAAUGAGUAAGAUUUUUUUUUAUGUAUUUUUCUCUAUCUCUUACGUUUCCUUUUCUCCAUUUGCCUCAUUUAUCGAUUGUAUUUAGAUUUAAGAAUAAUUAUCGGUUCUACAAGAUUGCAAGCUGUAUAUGUUUUGAUAAGUUUUUUAUAGUUUAAUAUUCCAACUGCAACGAGAUAAUGAUAUAUUCUUGAUAAUUCUUCUUGUGCGAGGACUGGAAAUAUAAGUCUAUAAUUUAAUUUGGUUCUAAUAAUAAUAUGAUUAUAUUUAUAUUAAGACUGCAGAUAUACUGUAUAGACGAAUUUAUAAUAGCGCAAAGUCUUAACGUCAAGUAUAAUGAAGAAAGCACUUGUUGAUUACAAAUUUCGUCAUCCAUGAUAAGUUGAAUAAGUAAAAAAGAUUGAUAUAUGUAUUGUUCUUAUUUUAUACUUGACAUAAUUCUGUCACCAGAUAGCUGAGCAAACAACAUUCCACAACGAGCGAAUUUGAUGAAGAGUUAAAAAAUAUAUAGCAGUAUUUCUCAAUCACUUGAAUUUAUCAUUUUAUCUGUUACUUCUCCAAAGUUUUGCAGCCAUAAAACGGGAAAUCUGAUUGUCGAGCAGUAUUAAAUUAAUAUUACGCUUUAGCAUUAUAUCAGGAUAGCAUUAAGUUUUCUAGCAACGCAUCUUUUGUUAAAUAUACUUGAUAAGUUCUUUAAGAUUAUUUUCGAGCGACAACGUUUGUAAAUAUUAAAGUGAGCAAUGCUUUGUUAAUUGAGGAACACUGCUUUGUAGAAGAUUACAAACUAAGAAAUAGAUAUAGAACUUACAUAGUACUGUUUAUAUCCAUUUCUCUGUUAUUUUCAUAAUAAUGAUCGUUGAUAACUUUAUAUUUAGUUAAAUUAACAACCAAUGACUGCAGUUCAUACACAGUUACGGGCGAAUUAUUUAAUUAAAUUUAUGUUCCAAUUCAUCAAGUUUAGCUGACUAUUUUUUAUCUACCAAAUAAUGUCCUUUUUUAUUUUACAGUUUCAGAGUUUCAGAGAAACAGAAUCCUAUAAUUUUAGAUAAAUUAUAUAUUACAUAAUGGCUUUAAAAAAAGAUUUCAUAUGAUGCAAUUUGUAUAGCAUUAUAUUCUUUUCUCUAAUUUUAGGAUAUAUUGUAUUCUUACUGAAUUACUUGGUAUUAAUUGAUAGCUUACAUCUUAUUAUUUGUUACACUAAUGAUGCAUUUGUUAAGAAUAUGUAUCUUCUAUAGUGCCAGAGGAUGAGAGCAGUAAAUAGCACAGUAGUACAGUAAAAGUAAAUUAUUUUGAUAAUUUCUUGCUUAUUUAGUGUGUCUUAUACGAAGAUUUUUUUACUUUAAAGUAAUGUUGUACUGGAAAAUAGCUGAGAAUCCACAAGAAAUGUUUGCCAACGUGAAAAGUGAACAAAGAUUUUUAAUUUGGCCAAGAAAUGUAAGAUAGAAUAGUAAUAAUGGAACAAUUUUUCGUUCCUUUUCCUCCAAUGAAAUAAUUGAUAUGUUUGUAAACCUCUUUGCUGCAGAUCUGCAACAUCAAACUUCUCAUCCUUUUUUUUCUUUUUCUAAAUUCUCCUUUUUAAAUUUAUCGUAUCAAUUAAUAACUUUACGUCUUAGGUUUGGUCUUGUAAUGGAACAACUCAGGAAGCCUUGUUGUCCUAAAUGUACCCGCUUCCCUCGUGUACAAUAUUAUGCUUCUUAAUUAAUCCUUAUUCCUGUAACUUCUUUUCAACCCAUUUGUUAAUGAGCUUUAUUAUAACAUUUCUGUAAAGUUUCAAAUUAAAUUUUUUUUACUGAACAUUUCUUGUUAGUGCAGUUCUAAAAUAUAAAUCUAGAAGUCGAAUGUUUUUACAAAUGAGUAUUUUUCUGGUUAUUUAAUUAUAUAAUUAAACAAAUAAUUCUUAAGUAGAAAAUUAAAUAACCAGAACUAUAGUUCUGGUUAUAAGAGCGUUCAAUUUCCAAAGAUUUAUAUUGAAUUUUUAUUACAUAAGAUCACGAUUUUUGGUAAGGACAUUAAUUAAAUCAUGAUCUUUUGUCAACGUACUGUGUUGAUUAAAUAAUGAUUUUUAUUAAUUUAAUAUAUAAUAACUUUGACUUUUUUUAUGUGUUCUUUAGUAUUAAUCGGUGUAACAUAUAUCUGCGUUCGUUAUUGCCUGAAAUCUUUCUGUUCUAAUACUUCCUCCAUUUACCUCAUAAACAGGUAUAUAUUAUUUUAUAUUCAGGCAUUAAGGUACUAAACUAGUCUACGUAGAAAUGUAUUUUGUCCCGUCUACUUUCCGUUUGUCUCACACGUAUUUACGCUGGUAUUGUAUCAUACAACUUUUGUAAUAUAUAUGAAAUAAUAAAAUGUAUAUUCAGU